GUCACUUGCCCACGAUUGCAUUCGAACAACGCAGCGCUCCAGACGCGGGAAUGCGCCCCUACGACGUUUGCCCCUGAUCUACCGCACUCCAAUGGCGCAAAGGUAAAAUAACCCAAACGGCGUGCCCCUUGCCGCAGCACAGGAUAAAAGGCCGUCCCUUUGAAGUCCCACCGAUCUUUUUCCUCGCCGGCAGUCCUCCUCCUCCGGUUCUCCCUCUUCUCCGCUCUCCUCCUGCCCGCCGGAGCCCGAGACCACCCUCCCUUCGCCGCCACCAUGAUGCACAUGACCUUCUACUGGGGCAAGUCCGCCACGAUCCUCUUCGACGGCUGGCGCACGGCCACGUGGACCGGCUACCUCCUCUCCCUGCUCGCGCUGCUCCUCGCCGCCGCCUUCUACCAGUACCUCGAGGCCUUCCGGAUCCGCGUCAAGCUGGCCGCAGGCGGCGGGUCCAAACCCUCCUCCAUCCCGCCGCCCGCCAGCUCCGGCGACGCGCGGGCGCCGCUCCUCGCGCCCGCCUUCGCCGCCGCGGGGCGCUGGCCGGCGCGGGUGGUGGAGGCGGCGCUUUUCGGGGUCAACUCCAGCUUGGGUUACCUCCUCAUGCUCGCCGUCAUGUCGUUCAACGGCGGCGUGUUCGUCGCCGUCGUCGUGGGGCUCGCCGCCGGGUACCUCGUGUUCCGCAGCAGCGACGGGGAGGACCUCCUCCUCGUCGAUAACCCCUGCGCCUGCGCGUAAGGGGGCGGGGUCGCCGGCUUGCCCCAGGUUUGAUUUUUUGUUGUUGUAUAAUACAAGUAUGAUAAUAAAAUCAUGUACAAAUUCAAUUAUGCGAUCGGAGGAUUUUAAAUGUUUGUGUUAGUUUCGGGGAAUUGUAAAGAAUAGAAAAGUUGCCUUAUUUCUUCGGGCCAAUUAAUUAUUUGACACCGUUAAAAAUGGAAUUCGUUUAUUAUCACUCUCUUAUUGACUUGGAUAGUUGGAUGGCAUUACAAUCAAAAGAGCCAAAGUUUUGGAUAGCAAAUCAUCAAUUUUUCCUAUUUCUUUCAGCAAAUUGAUGAAUUGAUGCCGUUGUGAACAACGAACGGGAAAAAAAAGGUCCCUUUGCCAGUUAAUUGAGAUCACAUUAAGAAAGAUUAACUCUAGAACGGACAUUUUUUUUUUUUGUUUGCGUUGCGACGAAUCCAAGAAACAGAAAUGGCCUUGCCAUCUGCAGGAAGCAUAGCCACACCUGAUGGAAGAGGAGCUUAGAUCCGAUCAUUGGAAAGAGAACUUUUGUCCUGUAUUGCCCUCUUUAUGCAUGAUACCUGCCUAUCCCUACGUCUGUGAGUACAGAAAAGGAAGAAGAGAUGGGGAAACUGUUGUUUCUGUUUGGUGUAAUAAAAGGGUAACUAUCCAGUUUUGCUUGUUCAUCUCCAAUUUCCGAUGCUUGCUUGCUGGUUGAUAGCUAGCUGAACGUUUGAAAGAACAACGAAUAUGUUGAUUUGUUCGGCAA